AUGGAUAUUCAAAAAACUUCAAUUUUUGACCGGCUAUUCGGUGCAGAUAAUACCUACCACAGCAGUAACAAACGACAGCACCGGUUAUUACACAUGGUAUGGCGCAAGCACCGUCGAGAAAGGGUGGUGAUGAAUCCAGAUAUAUUCUGGGACUCUGAAGAUUCUGACGAGGACGAUGAUGACGAAGAAGACGAGGACGACGACGAGGAAUAUCAUUAUCACCGCCGUCGUCGACAUCAACAGCCUUCACAAGACAUCAAACGAAUACAGUACAAAAGUUCCAACAGCAAAAAGGGUAGCAGCCCUAUUCCAGCAGCAGCAUCUGCAUAUGGGCAAGAUCACGAGCAUGCAAAUCGAGUUUAUGCAGCAACCUUGAACAAACUACAAAAUCCACCGCACGAUCUAAGGGUCAAUGUCGCUCUUUGGUGUAUAUUAGGCAAAUCAUCUUCCGCUACAAUUAUUGCUGCUACUACUACGGCAAACAACAGCAAGCAACAACAACAACAACAACAGCAGCGUGAUAAAUUAUUACUUCCGCCUCUCCUGGCGGACAAUCUGACGAAAAAACGAAAGGUGUCAUGCCGCUACUUUUUAAUGCUUCUCGAGACGCCGGUGCACCAAAUACGUCAGAACAGACACCCAGUUCACGAGGCUGUCAAUCGACAUCGAGGGCGCUUUCAGGACACAACCAUCGUGACCACAGCUCAGCCUGUGACUUCUUCUUCUGCGGCAUCACCAAACAAUGGUGCUGAGUCCACAACAACCGUUGUGAAAAAGGCAAAAAGUUUUCCGUCUUACUGGAAGCGGCAGCGUAAUGGUGGUGAACAACAACACUUGCGGUGUUCCACGGAAACAGUAGCAGAGGAAUUAAAAGAACGUCGAAAGAAGAGGGCAAUGUUGCAUAAAGGGGCUACAACAGCAACCACCAGUGCUACUACUACUACUACUACUACUACAAUUCCGCCUAAUAUUAUUCCGCGGCCUACUUGCCCAUCGUCGUCUUUGUCUUUGUCUUCGGUCCGUCCUCAGCAGGAAAAAAGGAUGAAACGAACGGGAGCAGCAGCGGAGGAAGAUGAUCAAGAUGAUGUGCCACUAGGACUGCUCAAAAAAUCAUCUGUAGAGAACAUUUAG